UGGGCGCUCAAUCCGCCAUUUGGUGUGGAGAGCGAAAGCAGGGCUUGUGGUGCUUUGUUGGUGCGCGUAGCGUGGUUUUUUUGUACUAAGUGUUACUAUGGUUAUUAUUGGGUAGAUUAUCAGCUUGAAAAUAACGACAGUGAAAGUACAAGUAAGUAGGGUGUCUGAGCGGGUUUGAGUUUCUAGACGGUGUGUUUUUGUUUUUUUCCUCUUGAGACAAAAUGAGUUACGGUAGGCCGCCGCCCGAUGUCGAGGGCAUGACUUCCCUCAAAGUGGAUAACCUGACCUACCGGACGUCGCCGGAGACUCUUCGGCGGGUCUUCGAGAAGUACGGCCGGGUCGGAGACGUCUACAUUCCCCGGGACCGGUACACCAAGGAGAGCCGCGGCUUCGCCUUCGUCCGUUUCCACGACAAGCGGGACGCCGAAGACGCCAUGGACGCCAUGGACGGCGCGGUGCUGGACGGGCGGGAGCUGCGGGUGCAGAUGGCCCGGUAUGGCCGGCCACCGGAGUCGCACUACGGCCGGCGUGGCGGCCCGCCUCGGAGGUACAGUGGCUACGGCCGGCGGAGCAGGAGUCCUCGCCGCCGUAGACGCAGCCGGUCCCGAAGCAGAAGCCGUUCCCGAUCUCGCAGCCGAUCCCGCUAUAGCAGAUCCCGCUCCCGCUCCUAUUCCCGGUCCCGAUCCCGCUCCAAAUCCCGCUCUCCACGGAGGAGCAAGUCCAAGUCCGUGUCCAGAUCCCGCUCCAGGUCCAAGUCCCGUUCCCGGUCCAGAAGUCGCACGCCGCCCUCCAACAGAGACUCCAAGUCCAGAUCGAGGUCGAAGAGUGUGCCCAAGUCCCCAGAGGAGGAAGGAGCGGUUUCCUCGUGAAGUUAUGAUUGUUCACGUGAAUGACCGAUCCCACUGAGGACACCCCAUCGAAAGUAAAGGUCUCAGGCUGAGGACCCCCCUUUCCCCAAGAGAAAUUUGCUGGCUAAAAGGUUAUUAUUGUAAAUUAGUUUCCAAGGUUUUAAAGGAGUUUCUUUUGCUUUGAGUUGCCUAGAAUAACGAGGCUGAUUUUUAUUUUGUGCCAUGUUUUCCAAUUUCUUGUAAUUCACUGAAUAGGAAGAACGUCAGAUACUUUAUGGGCUUGUAAGUGAGGUAAUUUGUUUUUCUGUUUUAAUGUGAUGCAGUGCUGAGGCUUUUUGUAUAUAGUUUUGAGUAUAAACACGUGGCCCAGGGAGCAUAUGGUAGUCUAAAAAUGCUAUUUUCCAAUUUUGGCUUUGCAGAAUAAAUUUGGAUAUUUCUAACAUUUAGGUGCUCUUAUUAGCACACAUUUUUCUCCAGAAAGAGCCAGGAGAGAGCUGAUUUUUCUCAAAUUAGGAUUUACCAAUAUUGAGUAGCUCAGUUUAAAUGAAUCCGGCACUGAUUUAAUGAAUUGCAUCUUUGUAAAUGACAGUUUUUCUUAUUGUGAUUCUAAUCUUUUCUCUUGUGUAUUUUUUGUGCACUAGGCGCAGUUGUGUAGCAGUUGAGUAUUGCUGGUUAGCUGUUAAGGUGGCGUGUUGCAGUGCAGAGUGCUUGGCUGUUUCCAGUUUUCUCCCGAUUGCUCCAGUGUAACGAUGCCUUGGCGUGCUGAUGCAUAAAAGGGCUGCUGCAGAUUUUUUCUUUUCUAAAAUGCCGGUCUGCUGCACCAUGGGUCAUCCCCCCAACUCCCCACCCCUCAUUUAGAUAAUUUUAAUUGGAGCAUACAGUGAGCACAUCUUGCCAUUCUUAUACACACCUUAUGGUUUUUCAGUAAUGGUAACUUGUAAAACUGAGAAAUGUAUUUUAAUUGCAUUCUAUACAUUGUUCUUGGUGCAUUCCCUUGUAAUUCUUUUGCUAUGAUGUAUUCUGUACUGAUAACCACUCAUGUGAAUGCUAUUAAAAUUCUUUUGGUGUAA